AUGGCAUUCGUCACCAAGAAAGAUUCUGGCGUGAAGACCGUUGUGAAGGGCUUCCUCACUGGAGGCACACAGGCGGCCAUCACCUACCCUACGGAGUACGUGAAAACGCAACUCCAACUGCAGUCGAAGACGAACCCCGAGUACUCCGGCAUCAUCGACUGCGCCAAGAAGACCAUCGAUCAGCAUGGAGUGAAGGGCUUGUAUCGAGGAGCCGGCGUGCGCAUCAUCGGUGCAGGAUUUCAGCAAAUGUGCAGGUGGGGCGCCUAUACUAAUCUUACGCAGAUCUUCCGUGACGAGAAGACAGGCAAGCUCAGCCAAUCCAUGAACGUGAUUUGCGGCCUCGGUGCCGGUAUUUGUGAAGCUGUCUUCGCUGUUACCCCGGUGGAGACUGUGAAGACCCGCGUCACCGACGACCAGAGAAGGGGCACCGGCAACUACAAGGUCGCCUAG